AUGGCGUCUUAUCGUAUACAUAUUCUUCGGGCUCCGACUCCACGGGCUCCGCCUCCUCGUGCUCAUCCUUCUCUCGAGCCUCCGGAAAAUACGGAACUCUUUCCGGUUGUUUCUGAAUCUCAGAAGACAGAUCAUAUUCUGAAAUUCUUGGCUCAAAAUCCAUCUCCCCCUCUUCUUCUUCUUCCUCUGAAUAAUACGGUACCGGUUUCGGUGCUCCGCCCAUUGCCACAUAAAGAGUUUUCGCGUCGACUCCAGAAACUUUCGUCAAUUUUGGCUUCUUGGCAGGAGUACCGUACACUUUUCGGCAGUAGUACGAUGAUUUCCCGUCUGACACUUUUGUCUCAACUGCAAUACGGAGUUGAUCAAUCAAGUAGUUAUAGUCAGACUGCAGACCAGAAGAUUCUGGAGGGUCGUCAGCAAUUUUUGAAAACUGAUUCUCCAUCAGAAUUCGAUUGUCUUUCGAUUCUGCUAGGUCUCGUUGCUGAAAUCCAAACUCUUCCGUUUGGGGACAAUAUCAUGUCGUUUUUUUUUCAGAUUCUCCAAAGGACCAGGCAAAAAGGAGAUUCGACUCUAUCAGCCCUGAAAACCCCUUCAUCGGUGGUAUGCAUUGACAUGCGCAUUCUCAUCAUUGAGAGUCACAAUGCCACUCUCCUCAACACGAGCUUCGACGACAAGGAAAACAAGAUCAAUGGGUCAGACCCCAGAGUAUUGAAUGGUACGAUAGGAGUUGUUUUCGCCAUUUCCCCUCCGUCUGGAACAGUGGCCUCCAUUUCCGUCAGACUGGAGAACGGCAACGAAUACAAAAUUCGGCAGAUUCGGACGAACGGGGCUCUGUAUUGGCCAUUCCGUCCGUGCUACGCAACAACAUUCCACAAGGUACAAGGAAUGAUACUCAGCCACGUGUUCAUCGACACACAAUGA